AUGGCCGACCCCACGACUAGACCAGAGGUCGACGUUUUGCUCAGGAACAGGCUAAGAGAGGAGGGAUACGAUGUUUACUUCGCCAAUCCGCAAUUGACCGAACCCAGCCAACUCAAGCAAGAAUACCGCCGGUUCAAGUUCAGCAUCAGCAAAAGCACCUACGAUGAUCAGAUUCGCAAACUCAAGCGUUACAACAACAGUUUGACACAAUUGACUGAAACGUCACUCACUCUCGAACCUUCAAGACGUCGCGCGACUAAAAGCUUUAGAGCUAUCCAAUAUCACGUUGCCAACCUGCGUAUGGAGAAUAGGGUCAAGACGCAGCGGACGGAGAAAGACACUACUUCGUGUGCACCGUUUCAUUUCAUCUUCACGCAGGCGGUUGAUGCCUCGACCAACUCGCUUCCUUCUUGGAAAGAGGCGGAGAUACGAUAUGUCCCUAAUGCCCUGGAAGAGAGGCCACAGGCUCCUAAGGCAUUGCGUGCCAAUGAGUGCUCUAGCAAGAAGAAGCGGUCAGUGCGGUUUGGCUCGAUCGAGGUACAGCUGUCGCGGCUGCCAGAUACCGCUGCUAAGAAUACUGCCAUCGCUCAAUCAGCGACCGCCGUCAAGCCUGACUCGAAGUUGUGCAAGAUCCAGAACCUGUGCGUAGCGAUUGCACAGCUAUCGCCAGAGCAUGACAUAUGUGUAGGAUUUCUGCUCGACACCUCGCAGCAAAAACACGGUGUGUACUCGCUGACGACGGACCAUAUUCGACAAGACUGGGCGAGUUACACACUAGACGAAGUCUUGACCGGACCUCAGUCCCAUCUCGCGCCGAUCAGCAUGCGCGACAAACUUCGACUCAACGAGGAUUGGAAACAGACCGAGGUUCUGUUCGUCAAACGUCCAGGACUCCCGGCCUCCUCAGUCUACGAGCAUCCUUACGUCUGUUGUGACUUGUCCCAGAGCGCUGCGCAACAAACUGUGACUGCUCCUACGGCGACGUAUCGAGUCAUCCGUAAUAAGGCUCUGUACAACCUUGGCAUUGUGCUGAUCGAGCUCUGCUAUGGGAAGCCGAUGCGAGGACUUGAGGAGCCAGAGGACUUGCAGUGCGAUGGCACCCCAGGUGUCGAGUGGUGCAUCGCGAACCGAAUCGUCAAAACAAAGCAGACAGAGUCCGUUCUAGGAUGGCGGUACAGUGAUGCCAUAAGACAUUGCAUCUGGUGUGAUUUUGGCAUUUUUGACGCUGAUCCUGAUAACGAAGAGUUCCAGUCGGCGGUACACGAGGGCGUGGUUGAGCAGCUGGAGGAAUCGCUCAGGUACUGGGAGGGUCAGCCAUAG